AUCUUUAUUCUGCACAUUUUGGUUAUGUUGAGUUUUCUGACCGAACUCCAACUUAUUGGCGUUUUUACGCUGUACUUAAAUAAUUUCAAUAUAAUUAGCAAUAAACCCGAAUGGUAAAAGUACAAGUCUUUCUCCAUAAUACAUCAUUUUGCUUAACAGGCGCAUCAUUGCCGAAAGAAGAUUUGAGGUUAGCUCACAAGUCAAUCUAGUAUUUUGUCAACAAAAAAGUUAAGUUUGGUAGAUGGUUUGGUAGUCUUGUGGGUAAUCCGUGGGGCAAUGCAGCGAGACAGGCGAAAUAAUGCGGGAAACCGCAUGUCCAAGCUAUUAGACGAUGAAGAAGAGUGCCAGGAUGAAUUCUACAAGCAAAACUAUGGAGGUUUUGAGGAUUCCGAAUCCGACAAUGAAUAUCAGGCGGAAGAGGAAGGCGAAGAUUUGGUAGACUCCGACUUUAGUAUUGACGAGAAUGACGAACCAGUGUCCGACAACGAUGGCGAAGAAAACCAAAAGAAAACUCGUCGACUGGUCACUAAAGCCUACAAAGAACCUGUGACGGCCCCAAAGGAAGCCGCUAAGUCUAAGCCCCAGGUUCCCAGAGUAAAAACUUGCCAAUCUUCAAGCAUGUUAAAUUUAUCAGAAAGAAAAUCCAAAAGGAAAUCGACUGCAGCUAAAACCGCAGAAACCGCCUACAGAGUAAAAGUGCGAGAUCAGGAGCUGAAGAUGAAACCGAAACGCCCCAGAGAAGAGGAGUGGAUUCCAACUCAAGAAGAGUUGCUAGAAGAAGCCAAAACCACUGAAUUGGAGAACCUGAAAUCGCUGGAAAAGUACCAGAAGCUGGAGAAUGAGAAGAAAACCAGAAGGAUCAUUAAGAAGGCGUAUAGUGGGCCGCUGAUCAAAUACACCUCCACUAGAAUGCCCUUGAUAGAAGAGCUAAAGACUGAAGCAAAUAGGGACGAGGAAAAAUGCUACGAAAGAACUUUCAUCACCGUUCUGAAUGAUCCACACGACGUAGUCUUCAAAAAAGUGUUUAACGUCAAGCGAACUCCUGCAAUUCCCAAAAAACUCAAAUGCGCAGUGACAGGUUUACCAGCUUUAUACGUUGAUCCCGUAACGUGGGUGCCGUACCGAAACAGCACCUGCUUAAAAAUAAUCCGCCAAUCAUACUACCAAGAGUUGGAAAAGAAUGGCGAUAAGAGUAAUCCAAUGGUAGCUGACUUUGUGAAAUGGUACAGCAAGAAUAAGGACAGACUUAAAAAGGAGAUGAUUCUACAUGCCCAGAAAAUUAACAUUACUGCAUAAGGCUGGAUUUACGGAUGUAAAUCGAAUCACAUAUUAUGAUGAUGAUUGUUCACACGACAGGGAAAAGGUCAAAUAAGUUGCAACAUGUAAACAAUUAAAAUAUGCGCGAAAUAUUGUUUAUUUAAACCACUCUGAAAAUCGCUUAAUCCGGUUUUUAUGUAAAACAAUAACAUUAACUUGAUCCAAAACAUUCUUGGUUGGCGCUAGAUUUAAUAAGAUUAAGGCACUUUUAAUGUCUAUCGAUAAUAUGUAUAAUAAUAUGACACAAUAAAUCUUACAAUAUAAAUAUA